UGGUGGGGGCUAUAGGGGCAACCCGGCAGGCGCCUGGCGGUUUACAAACUGCGGUGUUCGGGAGUCCCCUUAUGCGAGGCUGUGUCCCCCUUCGCCCGGCUCCCGAAGCUGUCUGGCUGCCGGCCCGCUCCCGGAAACCUCGGCAUCUGGUAACAAAGAGCCUGCCGGGCCGCCUGCUACCCGGGCUGCAGGAUUUCGGAGUCGGGCUCAGAGGCCGGGGUGGGGGGAGCGCGACCCGGGCCAUGCGUCCGGGUUUGCGACGGUGAGGGCGAGGCCGGCGCCUUCCCCCCUGCAGCCCGCGGGGUUCGGGGCGCAGGUGCUUCUGCUUCCCUGGCGACUUGCACCCGGGAAAGCGGCUUCACGCGCAUCCUCCGGCCGUGCCGGGCCGUCAGCGACAGGGCAAGGAGGCUCAGCACUGGCUACUGAGCCCCCGGGUUUGUCUGCGGGACUCAGAGGACCCGGCUCUUCCCCGAGCGCCCUGAAGCUUUGUGUAAGAAGCUGAGGAAAGUCUGACGGGAGUGUUUUUAAUAAUAAUAAUAAUAAAAGUUUUCUAAGUCUCAGUUUUUAGAAAUUUUUGCGGACUUUGCCAUACUCUACCUCUUCGCCUCCUUUCUCUUGCUCUGGGUGUCUUUUUUUCUCCCCCGCUAUAAACAUUUUUACUGGCCGCGGAGCAGACGAGAGAUGGACGUUUUGUAGUUGAAAUUGUAGCUUACAACCACGAGAAAGUAGGAAAGAUGGACAAAAAGUCCUUUGAAACGGUGCUGGAUGAAAUUAGAAAGGCUGUUUUGACGGAGUACAAAUUAAAAGCAAUUGAAUAUGUGCAUGGAUACUUCUCUAGUGAACAGGUGGUUGAUUUACUGAGAUAUUUUUCCUGGGCUGAGCCUCAGUUGAAGGCAAUGAAGGCAUUACAGCAUAAAAUGGUAGCUGUUCAUCCAGCAGAAGUAGUAAAUAUACUCAACUGUUUCACCUUCAGUAAGGACAAGCUAGUUGCUCUUGAGCUGUUGGCUUCAAACAUUGUCGAUGCUCAAAACUCUCGUCCCAUCGAAGAUUUAUUCAGGAUAAAUAUGUCUGAGAAGAAACGGUGCAAGAGAGUACUUGAACAGGCUUUUAAGGGGGGCUGCAAAGCUCCUCAUGCUAUGAUAUCUUCUUGUGGAACCAUCCCAGGAAAUCCAUAUCCCAAAGGAAAACCUAGUCGCAUAAAUGGAAUUUUCCCAGGUACACCUUUGAAAAAAGAUGGUGAAGAAUGUACCAAUGAAGGCAAAGGAAUAGCUGCACGGAUUCUUGGACCAUCCAAACCUCCUCCUUCAACAUACAAUCCGCAUAAACCUGUUCCUUAUCCAAUACCUCCAUGCCGGCCGCAUGCAACUAUUGCACCAAGUGCUUUCAACAAUGCAGGUCUGGUACCAUUGGCCAAUGUCAUAGCUCCAGGAGUACCUCCUCCACCUCCAUAUACUCCUAAUCCAGUAGGAACAGCAUUUUCUACCCCAGCAAGUCAACUCUUUUCUCCUCAUGGUUCUAAUCCUUCAACACCUGCUGCGACGCCUGUCCCUACUGCAUCUCCAGUCAAGGCAGUCAGUCAUCCGUCAGCAUCAGCAGCAGCCAGCAUUUCUGGGAUGAACAUGCAAAACACUGUCCUUCCUGUGUUCCCAGGACAGGUCUCCUCAGCCGUUCCUACGCCUCAGCCAUCGACACCAAACCCUACAGUGAUCAGAACCCUUUCGCUGCCUACUGCACCUGCUACUUCCAACCACAGUACAACAUCUGCUCCUAUUCCUUCUGUUUUUUCUGGCCUAGUGCCACUGCCAGGUCCUUCUGCUGCUCCUACUCCAGCCCCUCAAGCCACGUCUACACCUCGGGCCACUCUUGCUUCCAGUGAAACUUUCGCUUCUACUUCUGCUUCUUUCACUAGCCUCUCCUUUUCUGCCAACUCCACUGCUGCUUCUACCAACAACCCCAAUUCUGCUUCACUAUCGUCAGUGUUUGCAGGUCUCCCUUUGCCCUUAGCACCAACAUCCCAAGGUGUAUCCAACCCAACUCCCGUAAUUGCCGGUGGUGCUGCUCCCAGUGUUGCUGGUCCACUUGCUGUAAACAGCCCUCUUCUGUCUGCUUUAAAAGGCUUUUUGACAUCAAAUGACUCCAACUUAAUGAACUCCUCUGCUUUAUCCUCUGCUGUUACAAGUGGGCUGGCUUCAUUAUCUUCUCUCACUAACCCCAACUCUGAUGCUGCUGCUUCAGCCCCUAGCAAAUGCUUCACCCCCUCGGCCGUUCCUGCUCCCCAGAGGUCUUCCACUCCAGGGAUGGCCAUGUUUCCGGGCCUGCCAUCCCCUGUGGCUAACGCCACUUCUGCUGCCCCUACUUUGCCUGCCCAGUCUCCCUUGGCUACUCCCACGUCCUCCUCAGCGUCUGUGCCAGUGAGCUGUGGCUCCUCCACUGCCCUUUUGCAUGGCCCUCACCCAGGUACCUCAGAACUGCACCUUCCAUCCACCCCUGCUGUAACGACAAUUCCAGUGAUGAUCAAAACUGAGCCCACGAGUCCUACUCCCUCCGCCUUCAAAGGCCCGUCUCAUUCCGUGAAUCCCGCUCAUGGCACGUUAGGUUUGUCAGGGACCUUGGGCCGUGCAUAUCCCUCAACAUCAGUGCCCAUCAGUCUGUCUACUUGCCUUAACCCCGCAUUAUCAGGGCUCUCCAGUUUGAGUACUCCCUUAAAUGGUUCAAAUCCUCUUUCUUCCAUUUCCCUUCCACCACAUGGUUCCUCUGCUCCUAUCCCUCCAGUAUUUACUGCUCUGCCUCCUUUUACUUCUCUAACCAACAGUUUUCCCUUAACUGGCAACCCAUCCCUUAAUCCCCCAGUGUCUCUCCCGGGGUCAUUAAUAGCCACCUCAUCUGCCCCUGCCACCUCCACCUCCGUCCCUCAUCCCAGCUCGACAGCAGCCGCUCUCUCAGGGCUUUCUGCCUCAGCACCAGUCUCGGCAGCACCUUUCCCCCUCAACCUGUCUACUGCUGUCCCCUCGCUUUUCUCAGUCACCCAAGGACCUCUGCCAUCCUCAAACCCCUCCUAUCCCGGCUUUUCUGUCUCGAAUGCCUCAAGUGUUACCCCUGCCCUUUCCUCAUUCCCGGGGCUGCAGGCGCCCUCCACAGUUGCAGCUGUCACCCCACUGCCUGUUGCUGCCACCGCCCCAUCUCCAGCCCCCGUCCUCCCAGGAUUUGCUUCAGCGUUCAGCUCCAAUUUCAACUCUGCUCUCGUUGCACAAGCCGGCUUAUCAUCUGGACUUCAAGCUGCAGGCAGUUCUGUUUUUCCAGGCCUUUUGUCCCUCCCAGGUAUCCCUGGGUUUUCCCAGAAUCCUUCGCAAUCAUCUUUGCAAGAAUUACAGCACAAUGCAGCAGCACAGUCAGCAUUGUUACAGCAGGUGCAUUCCGCUGCGGCUCUGGAAAGCUAUCCGGCUCAGCCUGAGGGCUUCCCUAAUUACCCUUCCACACCAGGAACACCGUUUUCUUUACAAACAGGCCUGUCCCAAAGUGGGUGGCAGUGAACAAGUUUUGAUUUUUCUUCUCCUUCGAUUCAUCAUCAGAAUUGCCUAAGAACUAUAGUGAAGAAUCUGAUAAAUGUGAAUUUGGCCAAAAGUCAGAAAAUGAAAAUGAGGCUAAUCCUGGGGAAAUUAUGACAAGAGUUUUUAAAUCCCACUUGUGUUUUAAAAAGGGUUUUAAGUAAAAACAUCCCCAUGUGUAAAUAUGCUGACAAUGACUAAAUUGUAUGGAGAAUAGUAUUUCAGAAGUAUUUGGGGACUUUUCACCUCCCAUCCUACAAAAUUAUGAAUUGUGUAUGUGAUCUACAUAGAAAGAAUAUUAAUGAGGACAUUGAACUCUUUAUAGCCGAAUACAGCCUUAAAUCUGCUUGUAUAGCAUCCACUGACAGAAGUAAUAGUUGUGCCUCAAGCUUUUGGGUUGCACAUGGCCCUUGAGGAGUUUCCACCCUCGGUAUGCAUGAGUGACUCCCGUUAGCAUCAGCGAGAACCCAGUACUCCAUUAUGUAUCCACAAAAAGGAACUUGAGACCCACCGUUAUAUUUAAUUUCUAGUGUUAAGGAUCAUAUAUACUGAUGAAUUUAACUCAAUAUAUUUCAGGUAAGUGAAAAUGGUGCUUAAUGUAGUCUUUAGAAUGACUUUCAGGUGUUUUUGACUAAAAAUAUAUACCCAGAACUACUUUCUUACAGAAGGCUUAUAAUUUGCCUUCAAAACAUUUUUCCUAAUCUCAGCAGUAUCCAAAUGAGUGAGGAACACUUGACUGACUCCUGGGCCGCCUCUAUUGCUCAUUGUACUCUGGAAGCUCUUGGUGAAUGUUUACAAUCACAGGAUGUAGUAUUUCUAUUUGUACUUAAAGUCAAAUGCUUAUCUGAAAUAAUUAUGUGACAACAAAUAGAGAAGACUUGCUCUGUUAGUAAAUAUGCAGUGUGUAGUCUAUUUAAGGAUCUGUGGUAGUAUAACAUGAUUGAAUGUCAUUAACUUAAGAGUAAUAACUGCCACGUUAGGGGAGGGGGGAGAAGAAGGGAGAAUAAAUUCCAAUUCAGUGAUUAAAAGUGUAAACUAUAGAAUCUACUGUAGUACAUUUCAGCAUCUAGAAGUUCUACUUUUGUAAAGAUGGUGUCUAGAAGAUGUUGCAAAUGUAUUUUCCUUCAACAUGGGGAACAAUCUUUUUAAGUAUAUUAAUAAAUAUUCCUGUAUGGUUAGUUUUUAACAAUUUUUAAAAAUAAACUUUAUGGAUAAGACAAAUCUUUUAUAAGUGUUUGAUGAAAUGCUUGGAUGGAUUUUUUUUAACUUUUUGUAUGUACUAGAGUUAAUAUAUUGAAUAUUUUUGUCAAAAUUUACAAAGCUCAAUUUAAACCUGUUGCUCAGUCCUUUAAUAUGUUAUGCAGAAGUCAUGUUCAGCACUUGAAAUACACUGAUUGCCUUUAAUUAUCUUCAAGCACAUAAUGGUCUCAGUAGUUAAUCUGAUAGCAAUUAUUAGAAGUUGUCAUUUGUUCUUUUUAAAUCUGUGCUCAUAAAACUUUUUAAGAUUGUA